AUGACAGAGUUUCGCUUGGUUGGCGGAAAAUCGAAGUUUGAAGGACGAGUAGAAAUAAAAUACAACAGCACGUGGGGAACCAUUUGUGAUGACGGCUGGGGAAAAGAAGAGAAAUCAGUCGUCUGCAGGAGUCUAGGAUUCAAUCCAUCUAACACCAAGGCCGGUCAUGUUUACGGAGGUACUGGACCUAUUUGGUUAAAUAAUAUUAUGUGUGCUGGUUCAGAAAAUUCGUUGGCCGAAUGUCGACAUGAUGGAUGGGGAGUACAUAACUGCAAUCAUAGUGAAGAUGUCGCUGUUGUUUGCAAAGAUAUUUCUUACCGUCUAGUAAAUGGACCUGGCUACCAUGCAGGGAGACUAGAGGUCUUCUUUGACAACCAAUGGGGUACAGUUUGUGAUCAUAUGUUUGGACCAGAGGAGGCGAGCGUAGUCUGUAGACAGUUAGGAUUAAGCCCAUUACGAGCAAACGCGAUACCAGGUGCUUUCUACGGCAGGGGAACCGGUACUGUUUGGUUAGAUCACGUGGCUUGCGUUGGAACAGAGCCUGCGUUAGACAAAUGUAUACAUCAUGGAUGGGGCAGAAAUAACUGUAGUCACAACGAAGAUGUCUCCGUUGUAUGUCAACCUGCAUCGUACAGACUAGUGGGCAGUAAUGUACCUUAUGAAUGUCGGGUUGAAGUCUUCCACGAUAAUCAAUGGGGGACCCUGUGUGAUGAUGGGUGGAGUCCAGAGGAAAUGAGGGUCGUCUGCAGCAGUCUGGGAUACAACCCGACUACGACUAAGGCGUUUUUCGGUAACGGAACUGGUAGGAUCUGGCUGGAUGAUAUUGUAUGUACUGGUAUGGAACCGAGUAUAGCCGAAUGUCAACACAGUAAAUGGGGUGUACAUAAUUGUGGUCAUCAUGAGGAUGCUGCCGUUGUUUGUAAACCUGUUGAAUACCGUCUAGUAGGUGGUUCUGGACCACAUGAAGGUCGUGUAGAGGUUUUUUUCAACAAUGAAUGGGGUACAAUCUGUGAUAACAUGUGGAGUACCAUAGAUGCUGAAGUGGUGUGUAAUGGACGUGGUUUCAGCAGGAUUGGCGCUGAACCUAAAAUGGGGGCGUUUUUUGGACAAGGUCAAGGUCCCAUCUGGUUGAGUGACGUCGCUUGUGAAGGCGGUGAAGCAUCAAUCAGCGAGUGUACACACAGUGGUUGGAGGAGACAUAACUGUACCCAUGCCAACCAUGCGUCUGUUAUAUGUAAAUAUGGACCUACCGAGCUGAUGCUAAACACUACCAAUAACCAACAAAUUGUAAAUGACCAGAUGGUUAUUGAUGCUAGAGAUGGGGAGGAGGUGAUUGUAAACUGUGUUACUGAUUGUGUACCGGAUUGUAUGAUCCACUGGCACAAAACUAAUAAGGAAAACGUCUACAGUGACGCGUUGUCUAACAAUAGUAGACUCGUACUGUCACCGAUACAACGGAAUCAGAGUGGAGAAUAUUUCUGUAUGGCUAUAAAUCCUGAAAUCAGUACCACCCCUGCCACC